AUGAAUAAAAAAACCACAAUUUUUCGUAAAACAUCAUUUUCAUCACGAUCAUCAUUGGAGUUAACACCAAUGAUUUAUUUAUGUCGAUUUUGUCAACGAAACCGUUUAAUUGAAAUACCAAUAACAAGUGAAUAUUAUCAUCAACAAAAUGGAAUUUCACAUGAACAUCUUAAACAUUUAAUAAUGCAAGAAUUUCAAUUACAACACAUAACAAAAACAACAUUAAUUAUUCAAAUGUGGAAUGAGCAAUAUCAAGAAUAUAUUGACAUUGAAUCAUUUAAACGAAUACCAUUUGAAGGUCGUUUACAAGUACUUAUUGAAAAAGAUAUGAACUCAAUUGGAGAUUCAUCAUCACUGAUUUCCAAAAGUCCAUCAACACCAGUUUCAUCUCAUACAAUAACAACAACAGCACGUUCAAUAACACCAAUUCCAUUACAAGCAACAGCCGAUGUUGUAGCAAAUCGUAAUACAAAUAAUUUACAUGAUGAAAGUGAAUCAUCAUCACAAAUGAAUAUAAAAAUCGAACGUAUUUAUGAUGAAUCACUUAAUACUAUAUCAUCAAUACAUCACAUUGAUAACAUAUCUCAUGUCCAACAUAAUCUUAUGUAUGAUCUAUUACCAAAACCAAAUGAUGGUAUACCAAUACCACGUUUUCCACCUCAUAUAGCUGCUUUUCUUAAUGGUAAUGGUGAUGCUAAUCAAUUAAAUGCUCUUGUUCAAGCGUUAUAUCAAGAAAUUGUUAAAUAUGAACUCUAUCCAAAUGCAGAUGAACUUCGUUCAAUAGUAAGUCGUCUAGUUGAUCGUUAUCCACAUUGUGUAUCAGUUAUUGGUAGUAUUGAAUUAUUAGUUCGAAAAUUAUAUUAUAAAUUUUGUAAUGAAAGAAAAAAAUAUCCAAUUGAAUUAAAACGUCGUCAACCCAAUAAAAGAAAACGUCUUAUACGUGAUGAUGAUUUAACAAUGAUGAAUAAUCAACAAAUAUUCUUAGGGUGUCAGACGAAUGUAUCAAAUGAGCUUCAACAUUCAUCCUUAGAUCGUCUUAUGAAUUUAUGGACAACAACGACAACAAAUAAUUAUAAAAAUUUGAAUCAACAACAUUCACCAAGAUCAAGUUCAUCAUCGAAUUCAUCAUCACCUAUUUCAAACAAUCUAGAACAAAUAGAUCAAUCACAAAAAUAUUAUCCAAUAAAUUUAUCAAUAUCAACAAAUAACAAUAAUCUUAUGUGUACGGAAUAG